AUUUAACUCGCCACUGCAUACGGUCACAUUUUUAAUGACAUCAGUUUGCUUUUUGCAAAAAUAAAAAGUUAUUUUGCAAGGAAAAAACAAGAAGUAUUUCGUCGCCCAAGAAUUUAGGACAGCGCCGUCGACGUGCCCACAAUAAUGGCCGAUCCCAAGUUCCAGAACCUGCCGGGAAUUGCUUAUGACCAACCAGAUGUUUACGAAACUCCCGAUGACCCGGAGCCCGAUACCUCCGACUACUACGAGGAGGAGCCGGAGAACGAGGCCAUCGAGCGCCUGCACAUCUCUCCGAGCGUUGCCCACAAACGCUUCAGUGGAGCAACUCUCGAGGGAACCGUGGAUUUCACGGAUCGCAUUGGACGCCGGGUAUGCCGUGGAUACGAUGCUCGCGGAUCCGGCGACUACGAGCUGGUGGGCCAGGGCGAGAAGGAGACCCCUGUGCAGAAGUGCCAGCGUCUGCAGAUCGAGAUGAACGAAUUGCUGAACGAGGUAGCCGCCCUGCAGGUGGAUCGCAAAGUUGCCGAUGAGGAGAAGCAGUCGUAUGACGCGGUGGCCACGGUCAUUAGUACGGCCAGAAAAGUUUUGGAGUCUUUGAAACUAGAGCAGGUGCUGGGUAAAGAGCAGGCACCAGGCAGCAAGCAGGUAAAGGCGCUCAUCAGCCAGGUGGAGGAGUUCAAGCAGUCCGGAGUUCUUACUGCCAUACCAACGCCAGGAACUGAUUUGGCGGCCACCGCACGAGUGGCCAGCCUGGAGCAGCGUCUUUCGCAGUUGGAAAAGGUGGUUGGAGCCCAGCCGGACAAGUUGAGCCGGCUUACUGCCGCUACCAACACCACCAACGUGCUGGAGGCCGUCCGCCAUCUCAGCACCAAGGCGGCGCUGCUGCAGCCGGACAAAUUGGACACCAUUGAGCAGCGCCUGACCUCUUUGGCCGGCAAGAUGGACGCCAUUGCAGAGAAAUCUAGUGGCAGUGCCCAGGACGCAAAGCGCGACCAAAAGAUCACAGAACUUUACGACAUCGCCAAGCGCACUGAGCCUGUAGUGGAAAUACUGCCGCAUGUCAUUGAACGCAUGCAAGCUCUUGAAGCCCUCCACAAAUACGCGAACAACUUUGCUAAGAUUAUAGCUGAAAUAGAGCAAAAGCAAGGAACCAUUACCACCAGCCUGGUUAACAACAAGGAGCUGUUGCAUUCCGUGCAGGAAACGUUUGCUCAGAAUCUGGAGACCAUCAACACCAAGGUGGCUAAGGUGGAGCAGCGCGUCGCUGCCAUUUCCUCCGCUAAAUAAGUGAUUGCACAACAGGCGCAUUAAAUAUAGCUAAUAUUUAUAAAAGUAUAAUAAAGCGAUCUACAUUCAAAA